UAUUGACUCUAGGUCAUUGGUCGACCGUUGUCGCACUGAUCUGGUAACCUUGAUGGGCUUGCUGGAUAGAUGGGGUUCGCCUAGAUAUGUCUUGGCCCCCAUGGUUGAUGGGAGUGAACUGGCAUGGAGAAUGCUAGGUCGGAAAUAUGGGGUGCAGCUGUCGUUCACACCUAUGAUAAACUCAACUUCUUUUCUAACCAACAUGAAAUAUCGCGAAAGCUGCCUGCAGUUUGCACCAGAAGACCGGCCACUCAUCGUUCAAUUUUGUGCUAAUUCUCCAGAGAAGUUUGUGAAAUGUGCUAAAUUAGUACAACAACAUUGUGAUGCAGUUGACUUAAAUCUUGGGUGUCCUCAAGGAAUUGCUAAAAGAGGUCAUUAUGGAGCAUUUUUGCAGGAAGAAUGGGACCUGAUUAAGUCAAUUGUCAGCAAAGCUUCGCUAGAACUAAGUGUACCGGUCACUUGCAAAAUUAGAAUAUUUAAAGAUAUUGAACAAACAGUCAAUUAUGCCAAGUUUCUUGAAGCAGCAGGAGCUUCAAUGCUUACAGUUCAUGGGCGCACAAGGGAAAUGAAAGGUCAGAAAACUGGGCUGGCUGAUUGGGAUCAAAUAAGAGCAGUGAAAAAAGCUGUGAAAAUACCAGUUAUCGCCAACGGGAACAUCCAGUAUCUGUCGGAUGUCCAUCGGUGUUUACACAUGACGGAAGUUGAUGCAGUUAUGAGUGCAGAAGGUCAUCUUCAUAACCCAGCUCUAUUUUCUGGACAUCAACCAUCUGUAUUUACUAUGUGCUUUGAGUACCUUGAGUUUGUUGAAAAAUAUCCUACAUCCUUACAGAUUAUCAGAGGACAUAUAUUUAAACUUUGUCACUUCACGUUGGAUGAACAUUCAGAAUUUCGUCCAACGAUUGGGUCAGCUCAAACAACUGAAGAAAUAAUAGAAGCCUUACAAAGAAUGCAGAAUGAGUGUUCUUUAUGCACUGGUAAUAAAUUUACCAACCUGUCACAUCCGCAUUGGAUAUGCCAACCGUAUGAACGCCCAAAGACACUGGCAGAAAAUGAUUCAAUCAAUAGAACAGAUAUUCAAGAGGCAGAUAUUAAUCUAUCAACCAAAAAGACUCAGCUAGCUGAACAACGCCUUAAACGAAGAGCUUUGAAAAAGGAGGCCAAACUUGCUAAGAAAAUGGCAGUUAUUGAAGGAAAACUCAUCUGUACCAGUUGCAACAAAAAUCGAAUGAGUGUAAACUGUGUCCGAUCAGUUUGUCGUGCAUGCUGUGAAGAUCAGAGCAACUCCCCUCAAAAUAUGCUAACAUCUAUCCACUGUUCAACCCAUCGAUUUAGUCGAAAAGUAACUACUGCAUUCACAGAUUAA